GGUGUCUGCUAGUCACGGAGAUGACCGGCCAGAGUAACCCCAGGUUCCGCCUCCUGAUUGGCUGGUGCUGCCUGAUGAGCUCAGCUCUUUUGAUGAUGACCGUAUAUCUCGCGACAAGUUCGAACAAACAGUCUGAAACAAACACGACAACAUCUGAACACCACAGUUCAGCAGGACCUCAAGAAAAGAGAGUCCAAUUUUCAGAACUUCAAGCUCUGAAUGUUAUCGACUACAUCCGUCUGCUCAAAGAUAAGAAAAAAAUCUGGAUAUGCACUCAACCAUGCAAAAGCAAAAGGCUUAAACUGAACAACAGCAGCGUUGAAAUUGCAAGCACUGGCCUGUACCACAUUCAUGCUCAGGUCGGCUUUAAGAGACAUGAGAGCACGCAGGAAACAAAGAAGACUCCACAAAAAAAUACUAUUAAUUUAAUCAAGAAUAAAGGUCUCAGUGCACAGAAAAAGUUGAGUGAGGUAAUCAGCUUUGAACCAGGAACAUUGAGACUGAUCCGGCUGGUCAAGCUGAAAGAGGGAGACAGCAUCAGCUUGGAUAUAAAUUACCAAAAUCAAUCCAUGAGCCUAUUAGAAGAUGAGUACCACACUUACUGGGAAAUUAUCUUGCUUAAUGAAAUAUAGCAGGUCCGAUUUUUAUAAGGGGAUGUGAAGCGCAAACCUUUGUUUUAAAGGAACAGAUCGGUACCCCUUAAAGCAUGAUAAGACCCACUUUUACAUUUUGGAAUUUUUAAAUAAAACCCAUCUCUAGUCAAGUGAAUCGAAUGAAGGAUUAAAAGUCUAUUUCUCUAUUUAUAUUUAUAAAAGUAAAAUGGCUGAAGAUGAUGGUGUGGUUAAGUUCUCAAACCCAUUAUUGGGUUUUAAAAAAAAAUCAUAUUUUUAUAUUUGUUUGUGUGAAAUGUUUCGUUUUUAAAUAUAUUUUAUUGUACUUGUUAUUUUGAGAUUUAUUAUAUUGCUUUUUUGCUUUGUUUAAUUCAACGCAGAUGGCUUGUUGUUGUGUUUUAUUCUAAAUCUAUUUAAUUUUUUAAGAAUGUACUGUAAAUAUUGUGCAAAAUGUCCAAUAAUUCAAUAAUUUAAUACAAAAAUCAUGAUGAACAGUAGCCAGUGAUCACUUAAAAUGAGGUAAACAACUGGUAUACCUGCUGUAAGCUAUAUCAAAAUAAAAGUCUAUUCACUGCAGCAUGCAUCGGAGUCAUUCCUUACAUUUAAAGGUACAGUUUACCCCAAAAAAUGCAAAUUUUUUGUUUAUUUCUUUCAAAAAUAUCUUUUAGGUUUAUUUCUUUUAAACACAAAAGAGGAGAUUUAAAAAAAAAAAAAUAGCUGGCACCCUUUGGCUUCCAUGGUAUUUUUUACUACUAUGGAAGUCGAUUUUGCAGCAUUUUUCAAAAUAUUUUUUUGAAGUUCAAAAGAAUAAAGAACUUGUAAAAG